AAACACAGUAAUUGAAAUACAAUCUUAAUUAAAGUUUUUUCAUUAGUCUGAUUCUGCCAUGGCAACCCCUGGAUAUGAUCUGACAGAAGCAUAUGUGUUGAGAAAGCUUCAUAAGGAGAAGAUGAAAAUGAUGGAUCAAGAAGAAGGGAGUAAGAAGAUUGAUGGGGUUAAGCUUCAAGCCAAACCCAAAACUGGUUGUUUCCCUUGGUUGAUUAAGAAGAUCCAGCCAACCUCUGAUUCUGCAGCAGAUUUUGCUGGAAAAGAAGAAGUGGAUAGAUUAGAUCAAAGGAUUUGAUUGAAUCAAUUAGUGCGUUUAAUUUGCUUGUAAUUCAAUUGUAAUGUUAGCUUUGAAUGUAUUUAUGUACUUGGGUCCACUUUAUCGACAAAAUAUACUUGAAUCUAGCUUGUAAGUUGUUGAUUAGUUUAAAUAAAUAAAAUCAUUACAUCAUUAAUUA